UUCCCCCUCUGCGCACGCGCCUCGGGGGUGUAACCCAUAAACCCGGCCGGCCUUCACUUUGCGCACGCGCCCUUUGAGGUAGCUGCCCACAGGGGUAGCGGUGCGUUUCCCGCCAGGCUAGGGGAGGCGUGACGCCAAGCGCAGUUUGAUGACGACAUUUCAGCGCCGGAUAGCCGAAUGGCGGUCUCCGUUCCUUAGGCGGGCGACCUUAUGGGUCCUACAGUGGUUUCCUAAGACAGCCAUUUUCAACUUCCCCCAGGAGACUGCCAUGGCGUUCCCUCACCUGCAGCAGCCCAGCUUCCUCCUGGCUAGCCUGAAAGCUGACUCUAUAAAUAGGCCCUUUGCACAGCGGUGCCAAGACUUGGUUAAAGUCAUCGAAGAUUUUCCAGCAAAGGAGCUGCACGCCAUCUUCCCGUGGCUGGUAGAGAGCAUUUUCGGCAGCCUGGAUGGUGUCCUCGUUGGCUGGAACCUCCGCUGCUUACAGGGGCGGGUGAGCCCUGUGGAGUACAGCAUCGCAAUGGAGUUUCUAGACCCCGGUGGCCCAAUGAUGAAGUUGGUGUAUAAACUCCAGGCCGAAGAUUAUAAGUUUGACUUUCCGGUUUCCUACCUGCCUGGCCCCGUGAAGGCAUCCAUCCAGGAGCGCGUGCUCCCUGACAGCCCUCUGUACCACAACAAGGUCCAGUUCCCCCCGACAGGGGGCCUCGGCCUGAACCUGGCACUAAAUCCGUUUGAAUACUACAUGUUCUUCUUUGCUUUGAGCCUCAUCACUCAAAAGCCACUCCCUGGGACCAUACAUAUCCGAACUUCAGACUGUGCCUAUUUCAUCCUCGUGGACAGAUACCUGUCGUGGUUCCUGCCCACAGAAGGCAGUGUGCUCCCCCCGCUCUCCUCCAGUCCUGGGGGGCCCAGCCCCUCACCCGCUCCCAGGACACCAGCCAUGCCCUUUGCUUCCUAUGGCCUCCACCACACCAGCCUCCUGAAGCGACACAUCUCUCAUCAGACGUCUGUGAACGCAGACCCUGCCUCCCAUGAGAUCUGGAGGUCAGAAACUCUGCUCCAGGUUUUUGUUGAAAUGUGGCUUCAUCAUUAUUCCUUGGAGAUGUACCAAAAAAUGCAGUCCCCUCAUGCCAAGCUGGAGGUUCUGCACUACCGACUCAGUGUCUCCAGCGCCCUCCACAGCCCUGCCCAACCCAGCCUCCAGGCCCUCCACGCCUACCAAGAGUCGUUCACGCCCACCGAGGAGCACGUGCUGGUGGUGCGCCUGCUGCUAAAGCAUCUGCACGCCUUUUCCAACAGCCUGAAGCCUGAGCAGGUCUCCCCCUCUGCCCACUCUCACGCCACCAGCCCCCUGGAAGAGUUCAAACGGGCCGCCGUUCCAAGGUUUGUCCAGCAGAAACUCUACCUCUUCCUGCAGCACUGCUUUGGCCACUGGCCCCUGGAUGCAUCCUUCAGAGCCGUCCUGGAGAUGUGGCUGAGCUACCUGCAGCCCUGGAGGUAUGCACCUGAGAAGCAGGCUCAGAGCAGCGACUGCCAGGCCCGUUGUGUGUCAGAGAGAUGGGCGCCCUUCGUGCAGGAGAACCUGCUGAUGUACACCAAGCUCUUCGUGGGCUUCCUCAGCCGCGCGCUCCGCACCGACCUGGUCAGCCCCAAAAACGCGCUCAUGGUAUUCCGUGUGGCCAAAGUCUUUGCCCAGCCCAACCUGGCCGAAAUGAUCCAGAAAGGGGAGCAGCUGUUCCUGGAGCCAGAACUCGUCAUCCCUCACCGCCAGCACCGCCUCUUCACGGCGCCCACCUUCACGGGCAGCUUCCUGUCCUCGUGGCCCCCGGCCAUCACCGAUGCUUCCUUCAAGGUGAAGAGCCACGUCUACAGCCUGGAGGGCCAGGACUGCAAGUACACGCCGAUGUUUGGGCCCGAGGUCCGGACACUGGUCUUGCGCCUGGCUCAGCUCAUCACACAGGCCAAGCAGACUGCCAAGUCCAUCUCUGACCAGUGCGGGGAGAGCACGGCCGGCCGCCCCUUUCUGUCGUGGCUGGGCUUCUGCUCCACAGACACGAACGGCUCCUACCCAGCCAACGACCUGGACGAGAUGGGGCAGGACAGUGUCCGCAAGACAGACGAGUACCUGGAGAAGGCCCUUGAGUACCUGUGCCAGAUGUUCCGACUCAGUGAGGCUCAGCUCGCCCAGCUCACACUUGCCUUGGGGACAACUCAAGAUGAGAACGGGAAGAAGCAGCUCCCAGACUGCGUGGUGGGGGAGGAUGGGCUCAUCCUCACGCCCCUGGGCCGGUACCAGAUCAUCAACGGGCUGCGAAGGUUUGACAUUGAGUACCAGGGUGACUCGGAGCUGCAGCCCAUCCGGAGCUAUGAGAUCGCCAGCCUGGUCCGCAUGCUCUUCCGGCUGUCCUCGGCCAUUAACCGCAGGUUUGCAGGCCGGAUGACAGCCCUGUGUUCCCGCGCCGACUUCCUCGGCAGCUUUUGUCGCUACCACCUCACCGAGCCUGUGCUGGCAGACAGGCGCCUGCUGAGCCCUGUGGCCCGAGGGUGUGCGGCCCGCCGUCCCCGUGGCCCUAGGCUCAGCCUGCGCUUCCUGGGCAGCUACCGGACGCUGCUCUCGCUGCUUCUGGCCUUCUUUAUGGCUUCCCUGUUCUGCAUCGGGCCCCUGCCCUGCGCCCUGCUCCUCGUGCUGGGCUACCUCCUCUACGCCGUGGCCAUGACGCUGCUCACUGAGCACAGCAAGCUGCACCAGCUCUGACCUCGGCCAGGCGCUGACUCUGGGAAGCCAGCAAGAUGGCCACACAGCCUCUCCCUUGAGCAUGAGAGGCCACCUCCAAGCUAGGGGGCAACUUUCCUGCGGCCAUGGAGCCAUGUCAUGCGUGGGAGGAGAUAAAACCGGAAGGGUGUGGUCCAGGCUUGACAAGGAAGGGAGUGGCAUCAACAGGCCUAUAAGUAUCACGGGCCACUGCCGGACCCAGCCGCCGCUCAGCCCUCCCUGCUUCCCUCAGCCUCGAGCCCUGCAGUGAAAUGGCCUUCCAGGCCUUUCUCCAGCCUGACUGUCCUGGGUUUGGCUGUGUGAGGUCUGGAAGUCAGUGCUGCCUAGGAGGCAAGGUGGCAAGGUGGCAUGCGUCUCCUGUCCCCACCAACAACAGGACAGCACCUCAGCCUCUGGUUCCAGAGAAGAAUCCAAAACUAUAGAGGUUCCUGAGAAAGUUAGAGGAUAGUUCUCUUGAUUCUUGAUUGUAAAGCUAGAUUUUGCCAUCACAUUUGGCAAAGCGAGGGCCAUUCUUCACGUGUUGCCAGCAAUUCUGGGGCUGGGCCUGCAGUUCCACUUGUAGGAGCAAAGAUCUUCCAGGAGCACAGAUGCCCAGUGGGACAGCGCUUCACCUCUGACUCCCUUCUGCCCCCCAAGCCGUUCAGCACAUUCUUGGUGGCAGCCCAGCGCCACUGCCUCAUCUGGGACAGGCUCACUCAUGUGUCCCAUGGGCGGAGGGGAUGUCUGGCAUUGUCUGGUGCUGCACCCAAAGAUGGUCAAAGGCAUUGUUUGUAUCUUCAAUAAAAUCAAGUGUAAAGACACUA